UACGUUCGAUGGAUUUGCCAGCCGCUGCGUCCCAUAGACGGACAAACGCAUAUCCGACCGAUGGAAUUUCCACUUUGGGAACUUUCGGUGACAAAUCUACCAGCGAAGUGCCUCUUUGAGGCCCUGAAUCGAUAGGAUAAUUACGCGAUGAAGAAGAGGGUCUAUUCCUGGUACGGACUCACAGUCCGAGCGGGGGAUGGUUAAGACAUGUCAAGAAAGGCGUGAACUCUUAGGUGUAUCAGGGCCAAACAAUAUUUGGAAAUAGGACACGAGCUGGGGUGUGGCCAAGCACGAUAGCUACGAGGGCCUUCUCAGGCUGUGGAGAAUCAGCAUCCCGUUGAGAUAAGUCGUCGUGGUUCAAGUGAAGUGAACUUGAUGAGACAGCUGUCUGCAAACCCAUAAUUGUCCCGAUUCAUCCCAGGUGGAAGAACGAAUGUUCGGGGUCGAGGUAUACCUCAGCGUAUGUCAGGUAGCUUUCCUAGGCCCGGUUUGGGCCGCUGGAACCCAAGGAACGGAAUUGCAACGGCAGUCAAUCGUCGCCGGUGAUCGGCUUUCCGAUGAAAUGAGCCACAUGGAGAGAUUCUGGACAAAGCGGAUCAUGAUAGCUGCUCAGCCUGCCAGAAAACUCUUCGAAAACUCUUGUAAUUUUAUGUUGCGUCGAUACAAGAACCCACACGCAAGUGGUUACGACAAUACAAUAUGAC